AUGAGUAAAACAAACAACUCACGAAAAAUUAAUGAAAAUGAGCUCAACUCAGUUCAGCUUAUCUGCCUUAUUUAUGAAUUUAUCAUGACGAAAUAUUUGACGAAAGUAUGUGAAACGCCUGUUAUGGAUGGAAUAAAAGGAAAAUUUCUUGUGAAAAAUGUAGAUGAAGAAGGAAAUCGAUUCAGUGAAUUGAUAGACUGA